GCCUUUAAUAUCCAGAAGAAGAAGAAGAGGUUCGACGUCACCCAGUAGCUUCGCUCAUAUGUGUUUUGUGUGUUUUCUUUAACUAAAAAUGUUAUUUAUUUUUUUAACGCAAGGCCAGCUUACUAGUUACCGAGUCAUGGCUGAAUUGCCCCAACAAGGACGUCGACGGUCCGACUAAUGCCUUUACCUUUCCCGGCUUGCCAGAGAGCGAGAUGCUGCUGAAGAUGCCCCAGAAGCUGCUGAAGACCGUCCCCUACAUAGAGCUGGGCAGCUACCAGCAAUGGCCGGUGCUGAUACCCCAGAGGAUAAGGCUGUACACCUACGAACAGAUCCCCGUCUUCCUCAAAGAAAACCCCUUCAUCACAGGCGGCUACAGGGCCCACCUGCCCUCUAAACUCUGCCUGAGGAGUAUUUUCAUUCUGUCCAAUGAGACUGUGAACAUUUGGAGCCACCUUCUCGGUUUCCUGCUCUUCUUCUCUCUGGGGGUCAACGACCUCUCAUCUGUCCUGCCAGCCUCUGGAGCGAAAAGAGAGGACUACGUCAUCUACGUUAUAGGACUCUUCUGCUUCCAGGUGUGCAUGUUGUGUUCUGUGGGGUAUCACCUGUUCUCGUGCCACCGAUCAGAGAAGACUUGCCGUCUCUGGCUGUCGUUGGACUAUGCAGGCAUCUCUGUCGGCAUCCUGGGCUGCUAUGUACCCGGGAUCUUCUACGCCUUCUACUGUAACACUUUUUGGCGACAGGUCUACCUGCUGACAGUGCUGUCCCUGAUCCUGGCCGUCUUCUGUGCUCAGGUCCACCCUCAUUACCUCAGCAACGACUGGCGACGGAUUCGGACGACGAUCUUCUGCUGUGUGGCUGGCAUCAGUGUGAUCCCGGCAUGUCACUGGGUCUGGCUCAAUGGAGGAUUCACCACUGACGUUGUACAGCUGUUCUUGCCUCGUAUAAUCGUGAUGUACCUGAUAGCUGGAUCUGCCUUCUUGUUCUACGUCACCAAGAUCCCCGAACGCUGCUUCCCCGGCCAGCUGAACUACCUGGGUGCCAGCCACCAGGUAUGGCACAUACUGGUGGUGGUGAUGUUUUACUGGUGGCACCAGACAGCUGUACACAUCAUGCGCUUCAGGCACAGGCAGUCCUGCCCGACCAGCAGCAGCUAAGUUCAACUGAUCCAACAAUGUUCUGGAAAGGCCACCGGUUGCAGGCUACAAAGCUAAAACUGUUAAUAGACAUCAGUUACACUCUUAUGUUAAUAUUCAAACACUUCUUACCAAUUAGCUGCUGGUUAGAAGUUGCUGCCUCAAGGUUUUUUCAACCACUAGCUGCUAAGUUGUAAAACUUAGGUAGCUCUUAUCUUCCACUUAGCCGCUGGUGACGGUUUGACUACCGUUUAAUGGCCAGUGUGUACAUUACUGAGACAGUAAUGUACACACUGAGACAGUAAUGUACACACUGAACAGUAAUGUACACACUGAACAGUAGAUACCAGCUAGGAGUGGCUUGACGCUACUGUACAUCUAUAAACCGCUUAACCACCAUAAUCAUUAAGAUGCAUGAAGCUGGAAUAUAAAUUAAUUUGUAGGAACAGACUACAGUUUGGUGUUUUUUUAACUGGUGAUAAUUUUUAUCUCAUUGUUGGUUGAUAUAGGGAUGAGUUUUGAAAAAUAUCGACAACGAUUCUGUUGAAUCGAACAAAAAUGCCUGUGUGAACCAUGACUUUUUUUUUCUUUCUUUUUUCAUCAGUUUUUACGAGGUUAGAUUGUAUGACAUGUCUUGCUGGAAUGUGGAAAGCGCAGAACAAAAACAUGACAACUGGAAAAUCAACAUAUAAACACUGUGAACUCUGGGACAUGUAAAGUCCCAACGCCUCGAGCACUUGAAGUUUUCGAACAAAUUGCUAAAGGCCAAUCAACGAUCAAUCUGCAAUAUCUAUGAAGAAAAUGUAGGAGCCAUAUUUAACCUACAGUACAUUCUUUUUUUUAAACUGCUUGAUUUUUGUGUGUGAUAAGGUGGAUGUUUUGAAUAACAAUAAUAGGUCAGUAUAUACGAGGCAAGAUGUCAUAUCAGCCUUAAUACCAGAGCAACAGAGUUAAUCAACAUAUUGUACAAGCGGCCCCUUUUUAAUAUAGUUGCUAUUAGUAGAGAUUGGAUUUAAACCUUUCAGUAAACAGGAUGUGUCAUCACAAGGCAAGUGGUGAGAUAAAAGACUGAAUCAUUGGCUGAAUCUGUUGAUAAUCUCUGCACCACAUCGGUCUCCUGACCUGGUAAAUGAUUCUGGGGUCAUGUGUGGAGUCACCGACUACUGCAUGCUUUGUUAGAAAGUGGUUAGAAAACCGGAGUCUGCAUGGCUGAAGUAAGAAAAAUAAUGUUGAUUUGUAAUAUGGAUGAAAUUACCCUUUUAAACAACAGCUUGAACUGGACAACUAAAACAACAACAAAACCUUUUUGCGAACAAUCCAGUGAGCAGUAGCAGUUUUAACUCUCACUGAUUAGUUAACACCUGUGGCUGAUAAGUCAGGUAGCUACAGCCCAAAUGGUUAUCAGAUGUCACCGUUGCAGCCUUUGGAUCAUAUAGUCUUAUCAUAAAGGCUAAUUGUGUGAAACAUUGUCGUUAUUGUCUCUUUGAUGCUGUUGUUUAAAUGAGGGCCCCCCCCCCCCCCCCCGCACCCUAUGGGACAUAUUUAAGUGUUUCGUGUUUGCUUUAUUACAUCAUUCUAAUUAUGUUUGUACGUUUUCGCCUUAUCUUUGAGUAUUUGCACUGUAUACACACUUACUGUUACAAUCUGUUUUUGGGUCAAAAACAAAUGAUGAUCAAACUCGGUUUCAUCUUUGCUGUUACACAACAAGGCCAGUAUGGUAUUUAGUCAAAUUCAAUGCUUGGAAUAAGUUAUGAAGUUUACUUGAGAUCACUUACUGCUGCAGAACUGGAAGUGGCACAAUGAAAGAAGUGACUUUAUUUUUGCCUUUUGAGUGUGUUUUUACUUUUUCUCAUGCAUAAAAAUCAUCUCAUGAUUGUUUUAUCCUGUGUUUGGGUUUUCCUUGAAUAUCAUUUUUAUGAUAAAGCACUGGCGCUGAUGUACAAAAUGUAUACUAUUUAUUUCAGUGCCUAUGUGAAAUUAUAUUUUUAAAUAUUUAGAAUGAAUAAAGAAUGCUGGGAAAUAA